AAAGUCUUUGUGAACAAGACCAACAACUGCGUAGCUUUUGUCGAAUCGAACUUGGAUUUCGUGGAUGUUCUCCUCAGCUUCCUCACGUUGCCAGUCGGCACCGUCGUCCGUCUUCUCAACAAGCAGUCGUCCUUGGGUUGCUUCGACAAGCUUUACCAAAGCGUUGAGCAGCUCGAUGAGAAGUACCUGAUGACGGCUGCGUGCAAGUCGAUGUUGACAACCCCAGUGAACUCAUCUGGAAUAAAAUGCCAGAAACUUAAGAUUAAUAUUGAUGCAAUGGGAGAGCUAUAUAUAUGCUCAUCUUCUUGCUGCUCUUAUAGUUCGCUGAGCUAUUACUCAGGGCUCAAAUGUCAGUGUGGUUAUGACAUGACGAAGGCAAUUACAUAUGAUCUGAAUCGAGACGAUGUUAAUUAUAAAGAAUUUCAUGGCGUAUUCGUCGAAGGGGCUAAAUUUGUUGUUACAGAUGCUCUUUGUAUAACUGUCAUUGAGGACUUCAUUUCGACUUUAAAUGAGUGUCGCAAUGGUGAUCGUAAUCAUCUCGAAGAAAGAUUGGUACAGAUCGAACGAGAACAGGCAAGUUUUCUUUUUCUUUCGGUGUCUUUUAAUUUCUUGUACUUCUCUACUUCAAUAACUGAUGGUAAUUCAGUUGAUAAAUUCAAUCCAUGCAGGUCUUGAGUAUUCUUAAAAGGUCCCUCAUUUCCGACACUCCGCUAACUGAUGUUUUAUUGCAAAAUGAAGAAGACAUGACGCCAGAGGUUUCAGUCCCUUCGGUUGAAAUAAAGUCGUUUGAAGAGGAGAAGAUGUACAAGGUGUUGUGUGCUUUGGCGAGUCAGGACUUCGUUGAUUUAAUUUUCAGUUUUCUCACAUUUCCUUUGGGUUCUCUGAAGAAGCACUUGGGCAAUCGAUGCCCGAUUGGAUGUCUUAAUAACUUGUAUGGUAGUGCAGAGCGUUUGCGGUCGUCUGGUUACGUGGUUGCAGGCUGCGAAGAGAAACUGCUUAAUCCUAAGCUUCCUCUACAUUUCAACUGCGAUAGUCAAGUCAUUGGAGUGGAGGAGGAGAAGCAAGUUAUCUAUUAUAUAUGCUACUACUGCUGCAAACUAAGCGACACUUUCUGCAAAUCACAUGGCCAUGGGCGUCAGGCAAAACUUAUAGACCCGAAAAGUAGACCCAGAGGAACAAUUUCUUCACAAGGAAGCUAUUGUCAGGAAUUAACGUACAUGGUCACCGACGAACUCGUAGUCAUCCCACUAUCCCACGCUGAAGUCAUUUCAGUCCGUAAUGAAAUCUCUGAUCCAAUCAAGAUGGCAGAGUUGAGCAUGGCUGAAGAGGAGGUUCUUGAUUUUCUUGGUGUUGUUUUGUCGUCCAACACAGCGUUAACAGACGGCUUCUUAGAAAGGACUGUUGCUGCGUUCGCUUCGGUGGACGUACGAGAAGGGUGAAUGAUCCUCUAGAAGGAGAAGAGAGGACGGAGAGAUUGUUGGAAGCAGAUGAAGGAAACUGAUUAUACUCUUCCCUACAUGAUCCUUUGCCCUAGAUUGAAUUGGUUGUGAAAUUGUA